CAGGAGGCGCUGGAGAGCAGACGGGACCGACAGCAUCAGGCCCCGGGGCCCGGCCCCCCCGAGGGCCCCCCGCACACACAGACGGCUCAGAGCCUCCAGAGCAGAGUCUUAACACCCAGCCGCCUUCAUCAUGCCGUGCUUCAUCAUCCUGGUCUUCCUCCUGAUACGGGGCUUCGGGGUCACGAGCAGCAGCUGUCAGAGCGACAGGAACCAGGAUCAUCGACCGCGUGUCAGCUGUGUGAGUCAGGGACUGACCGCUGUUCCCCACGGCAUCCGCACAGACACACAGGUCCUGGUUCUCACUGGAAACCAGUUCACUUCUCUGUCCUGGUCCAUGUAUUCUGGAUUCACAGAGCUGCACGAGCUGGACCUGAGCCACAAUCACAUCAGCACACUGGAGCCGUCGGGUCCAGUGCUGGAGAAGCUGAGCGUCUUGCGUUUGUCUGGUAACAUGUUAACUGGUUUGGGAGGACUGGUGUUCCGCUGCGCUCCCAGUCUGAUGGAGAUCUACUUAGACAGGAACCAGAUUCGUUCCCUUCACGACGGCACCUUCAGUGACCUGCCGCGUCUGGCGAUCAUUAAUCUGUCUCAGAACAAGCUUCCUGUGCUUCCUCCACGUCUCCUGGAGCGCGUGUCCUCCAGCGGCCUGAAGACCUUCGACCUGGAGAAUAACAGCGUCUCGCUGAUGCCCGAUCGAUUCUUCUCUUCCAAACCAGAGAUUCCUUACGUUUACCUGACCCACAAUCCCUGGCUCUGCAGCUGUGCUGUCGGAUACCUCCACAGCUUCCUGAACGACCAGGAACAAAACAUCUACAUGCACGACGGACCGAACGACAUCAUUCCUGCCGCCGACUCCGUGGUGUGUUCUGGACCUCCUCACCUGCUCAAACGACCCAUCAUUGAGCUGGAGGAGAGCGACUUCUGUCCACCAGAUCCAACCUUUCCUAAUCCCAUCUACAUCAGAGGAGACCUGGAUCCCAGAGACACUCCGGUUCUUCCAGACCAACCAGAUAUUAGAUACACUUCUGAACGUCCAGAUACUGGAUCCCCUUCUGAUCUUCCAACAAUCUCAGUAAAACCAAUUUCCAGCACUCAAGCACCGAUUGCUCCAUAUCACACCACUAUAGACACCCACCUGCACGAUUCCACCAAAUCCUGGACCUCUAUUGAAACAUACUGGGUCACUGAGACCUGGACCGAAAUCUGGUAUAGAUUCUGGACGGAGUAUGUUAUCUGGACUCCAAUACCUAAUACAUUUCUUCCCUCUCAAAACACUGCAGAACCAACCACCUGGAAAACCGACACAUCCCAACCCACAACCAAUGAGCUGCCAACCACUGCUCCAAUGAUUACCAAAUCCCAAAGCCAAGCCAUUGGCCAACCGGAACCACAUACACACACAUUCACCACCAACUUCAGACCAAUUACUGACCAAUCCCAACCCCAAAGUACCACCCGAACAGAACUGGCCUCGAUCACGGUCCAGACCAGCACACGGGUCACUGGUCCACACUGGUCCGAGGCUCAGGAAGUGUCUGGACGUUUGCUGCCCUGGUGCUGGUGGCUGUUUGCUGGUUUUCUGUUGCUGUGUGUACUUUCUGCUCUCACUUCCUGUGUCCUGUUCCUUUGGCUCCUCAGGAACCUCGUCAUCUACCGGCGACUCAAGCGUCACAUCUGGCCCUCAGGGGUCAUCCUGCGGGCGUACAGACGCAUCCAGAACAUGCCGCUCGGAUCGGAGAAUGAGGCUGAGAGCGUCAGCUUUUUACCUCGAGAGCAGAUCAGAGACGCUCAAGCCGUGUUCCGGAGCGUCCUCUUCAUCUCCAGAGACGAGCAGCACCAGAUGACGGAGACCGAAGACGUCUCUUCUGUAACAGAGCUGGCGAGAGAUAAGGAGGUGUUCAGGAAGACGCUGUACAGAGAGAUGAGCACAGAACAGGAAGCAGGCGGCUGGAUGGAGGAAGUGGAGCGCUGGGGGAACGCACGCUACAGCUUGAUCCUGAAGGAGGAGCGAGGGCCUCAGAGAGAGAGGAAGUGGCUGGUUGGGGAGUGGGAGAUGGGCGGUGGGGGCGUGGCCUGCGAGAGGCCCUGCUCUCUGAUUGGCCAGCCCUCCACAGUCGCUCUGGAGUGAAGCGCUUCGGUCUCGACCAUCAGAUCAGAACUUUCAAUGUAUUACAAGCUGGUUCAAGUGAAGUAAUAAUAAAAAGUUCUUGCUCUUCUGGAACUGAUUCUCCGUAUUUCACUAAUUAAAGGUAACCUACAGCUACAUGUCAACUAACACAUUUAUAUAGCGCUUUUCUGGGUACUCAAAGGGUUUUAUGUAGUGAGGGAGGAUCUCCUCAACCACCACCAGAAUGUCUACAUGGAAACGUUUAAAUAAAGUUUUAACAAUGGAAUGAUUACU